ACAAAAGAGUUAAGGGCCAAAAUAGACUUUUUCCCGGUGGAAAAGCUCGCGUCACGCGUAAUCCCCACCGUAACACUCACAUUCCCACUCCCACUCGCCAUUCGCUACUCCCAGCCGCUAGCUAGCUCGGCCGCCGCGGCAGCAAUGCGGAAGGACGCGGCCGGCCCAGCGCCCGCGCUGCUCUGCUUCGACCUCAAGCCCUUCCUCGCCGCGCUCAUCGUGCUCACGCUGCUCGCCGCCGCAUGGCAGCUCCGCCCCUACCAUUCCCUCCUCAGCUCCCCAUUCUCCGCCGCCUGCCCCCACCCGACCUCUAUUCCCCGCCCGCUCGCCGUCCACGCCAAGAAGGCCUCAAGCCCGAACUCCACCGCUUCCUCUUCCUCCUCAGAGCCGCGGUCGCAGCUGCAGGAGCCGCACGCCGUCGCGCCCGGCCUCGAGCGGCGGGAGUUCCGCGCGGUGGGCAGCGCGGCGGCGCUGUUCGUGCAGAUGGGGGCCUACCGCGGCGGGCCGUACACCUUCGCCGUCGUCGGCCUCGCCUCCAAGCCCAUCCACGUGUACGGCAAACCUUCCUUCCGCUGCGAGUGGGAGCCCAACGCGCCCAAGAACGCCUCCUCCUCCACGCCGCCGAUGCGCGCGGCCAAGACGUAUCACAUGCUCCCGGACUGGGGCUACGGCCGGGUCUACACCGUCGUCGUGGUGAAUUGCACGUUCCCGCGGGUGCCCAAUGCUGACAACGCGGGGGGACGGCUCGUCCUGUACGCGCACUACGGCCCGCCGUCCCCGUCGGACCGGCACGAGCGGAUCGUGGCGCUGGAGGAGGCCCCGGGGGGCUACGACGAGGCCGCGUUCCGGACGCCACCGCACAGGUACGACUACCUCUACUGCGGCUCGUCGCUGUAUGGCAACCUCAGCGCGCCGCGGGUGCGGGAGUGGAUGGCGUACCACGCUCGCUUCUUCGGCCCGCGCUCCCACUUCGUGUUCAACGACGCCGGCGGGGUCAGCCCCGCCGUGCGCGCCGCGCUGGAGCCCUGGGUGCGCGCGGGCCGGGCCACGCUGCAGGACGUGCGCGCGCAGGCCGAGUACGACGGCUGGUACUACAACCAGUUCCUCGUCGUCAACGACUGCCUGCACCGGUACCGGCACGCCGCCAAGUGGACCUUCUUCUUCGAUGUCGACGAGUACAUCUUCUUGCCUGAUGGGCGUAAGCUGGAGGAUGUGCUUGCUGAGCUCGAGCCGUACACGCAGUUCACCAUCGAGCAGAACCCCAUGUCCAGCAGGUUGUGCGUCCGCGACCCUGAGAAUCCACUGGAAGACUACUCCAACCAGUGGGGAUUUGAGAAGCUGGUCUUUCGGAAUUCGAUCACCGGGGUGAGGAGAGACAGGAAGUAUGCGAUUCAGGCCAAGAACGCAUACGCCACAGGUGUACAUAUGUCUGAGAAUGUUAUCGGCAACACCACUCACAAGACGGAGCACCUCAUCCGGUACUACCACUACCACAACACCAUCAACGUUCUCGGUGAGGUAUGCCGUGAGUUCGUGCCCAUACCACCAAAGGGUGGCCUAACAUGGUCCGAGAAGACACCAUGGUACUAUGACGAUAGCAUGAAGCGCGUUGCAAAUGCUGUGCGUGAAUUCGAGAGGAAGACCGUUGGUGAUGUGCGAGUAUGACGAUGACCACAGAGAUAAAAAGAACUGAUGUACAGUACAUAUUGGCAUUAGCCAUUCAUGAAGCUUGGCAACGGCAUACCUGAUGUUAUCAACCAAACGAUAACUUAUGAUUUGGCGCUAUAUGAGCUGACAGAGAUGCGAUGAGAACGAAGCUCCAACCUCAAGGGAAUGACAGAUUGUAUACUACUAAUGGUGCUAUGGUUUUGAUUUAUUUGGCAAAGGUAAGGUUUUUGUGAAGAAAUAUUGUCCGUGUAAAUUCCAUUGUUUUAUUGUUCAAGCAUAUACAGUGUAUUCUAUUCUUGAAGGUCCAAUCGGAUGUGAACUAUUUCAUGAAAACUUAAUCUACACCUUUGAAGAAUUUCUACAAUAGAAAGUGGAAGUUGCAGCUCUUCACAUCAUUCA